UUUAGUCCCAGCACUGGGGAGGCAGAAGCAGGAGGAUCUCUGAGAGUUCGAGGUCAGCCUGGUCUACAUAGUGAGUUGUAAGACAAACACGGCUGCGUAAUGAACUUCUGAGACAUGCAAGUCAGGGAACUAAGAAAGUCUUUGCUGUUUGGACAACCCUCCAAUCAGAGUGAAGAAGGGUGUUCCCGCCUUCCGGGCCGAAACAGACCAAUCACCGUUACGGAGCAUCGCGCGAAACUCCGCUGAAGGACCUUGCAUUUGUUUGCGUCCCUGCACCAGGUAUCUCGUCUUGCAAUCCCCUUCCCAGCCUCCAAAGAAGAAUCCUUCAUCUUCCUUGUCCCAGCGCCCUAAAUCCUAACACUCAAACCGGCUGGUCGGCGGGAGCCGGAAGUGUGCGCCGCAGGAACGGGUCCCCAGUCAACGCCGCCGGAAGUAGUGAUUCCUACGGGAUACCUUCACUCAGCAUGGCGGCGAUUCCCCCUGACACCUGGCAGCCGCCCAACGUCUACCUGGAGACUAGCAUGGGGAUCAUAGUGCUGGAGCUGUACUGGAAGCACGCGCCCAAGACCUGCAAGAACUUUGCGGAGCUGGCUCGGCGGGGCUACUACAACGGCACCAAGUUCCACAGGAUCAUCAAGGACUUCAUGAUCCAAGGCGGUGACCCGACAGGGACAGGUCGAGGUGGCGCAUCUAUCUACGGCAAACAGUUUGAAGAUGAACUUCAUCCGGACCUGAAGUUCACUGGGGCUGGGAUUCUCGCAAUGGCCAAUGCAGGACCAGAUACCAACGGCAGCCAGUUCUUUGUGACCCUGGCCCCUACCCAGUGGCUGGAUGGCAAACAUACCAUUUUUGGCCGAGUGUGCCAGGGUAUAGGAAUGGUGAAUCGAGUGGGCAUGGUAGAAACAAACUCGCAGGACCGUCCUGUGGAUGACGUGAAGAUCCUUAAGGCAUACCCUUCUGGGUAGGUAGGAUGCUGCCUCGGGCACACCCAGGUCCUGGUGAGCCAUCUUCUGGAUGACAGAGUGCCGUGCCAUUCAGCGGUGUGCGGACCCACUCUGAAGCGGAAGGGUCGUCUUCGGGGACAUUUGUAUUCCAGCCAACAGUCUCAGACUUGACAAGCAGGCUGUGUGGAC